GAAUUAGUCUGGGUGAGUACAGUCUCAUGCCAGAGGGAACACACAUGCAACAGUGGGUGCGGCUCUUUGCUGACUUCUCAGUCCACUAAUGGCUGCCACGCUUUACUAUCAAAGAUGCUGGAUGAUGUACAUUAUAUGGGUUUGGACGGUUUUUGUGGGAUUUCCGAUGUUGUGGGCCAUCAUCAUCACUCGGUUGCAUGCUAUGUAUCAACGAGACAGGAGGAUCCUGAUAUUUCUUGUUGUCACCUCCCUGGCGAUCAACACUUUUGAUGGAGUGACAACUGUGAUGUCAACGAUGCAUACUUCAGGAGAGGAACUCAUUCUCUCCGGCACCUACCAGUGCAGGAUUAGCUAUACAGGAGAUACCCUAGCUCUGUAUUCUGCAGCUUGGAUACUCUACAUUGUGUGGGAGGUCCUCACACUAUGUUUCGCAAUCUGGAUUGCGGUAAAACACUUCCGUGGACUGCGACAACAUUCGACAGUGGGGAUUAUCGGGGAUUUUUUUACGGUGUUGAUGAAAACUCACGUGGUUUACUUUGUGAGCUUUGUCGCUGUUUCGUGUUUCGCCCUCAUCUUCGAUUUAUCUUCAACAUUAUCAACGGGCCAAAAUCUCGUAGGAAGUCAGACUUAUGAUGGCUUGGCUCAGAUUUUUUUAGUCGUGCACAUGUUUGUGCUGGGACCACGCCUGAUCCUUGGCAUUCGAGAAUAUAAUGCUAAGCUAGUGGCUGACCCCGACCCAGCAUCCCGCAUGACCUCAAUCGCUUUCCAAGAGCGUGUGCAUAUAUCGACUAGCAGUAGUGUAUAAUGCUCAGUGAAGCUGACGCAAACCGUUGUCUAGUGCUUGCAGGGAGCACAGGCAAUUU